AUGUGUGACUGUUCUUCUCCCGCUGCAUUUAUUCACAUGGUGCAACACAUGAUAGAGACAUGUUUGGUCUUCAACAUGAACAAAGAGGAAUGCAUGGAAGCUCUCUCUAAGAAUGCUAACAUCAAUCCCAUCAUCACGUCCACUGUCUGGAAGGAGUUGGCAAAAGAGAACAAGGAGUUCUUUGAGACGUACGAGCAGAAGCAUACGAAAAAUAAGCCAAUGUCGGAAGAAGAGACAAACAAGAUGAUCCAGAACAUAAUCUCCUCCGGUUCAUCAGACGACUAA